AUGCCUGGCGCCAGCGUGGCUGUUCUUCCCACCUCCGCCUCGUCUACUCCGGCCUCCCGAAAGACCUCCCUCGCGCAACCGGAGCGAAAAUACAAAUGCCAGUUUUGCAACCGAGCAUUCAGCAGAAGCGAGCAUCGCAGCAGACACGAACGGUCGCAUACCAAAGAACGCCCUUUUAAGUGUAUGAAGUGUAGAAGUACCUUCGUGCGACGCGAUCUCCUGCUUCGUCAUGACCGAACCGUUCACGCCAAGGACGGAGGAGUUCCUCUGCACAGUGACGGAAAGCGUCGCGCCGGUGGCGGUUCCAAGGCUCGAUCUAUCGGUGGCCCGUCCAAGUCCUCGAUUGCUAUCGACCCUUCAACCCUUAGUGAGCAGAUUGAGGCUAGCAGUGAGGGAGUCUUCGACGUCGAGCAUGCCGCUAUGUUGGUCGCUGACCUGCAUCACAAAGCGACGGCUGCGAUGCGAGACAAUGGAAGCCCCUGCGAGCCCAGUCCUUCGAUGGCCUACGCUCCUACCAGCGCGCCCAUGAUGGAUCCAGCAGUCACGUAUCCUCCCAGUGCCGUUCCUCUGCCCCACAACGUGCCUUGGGACACGUUUGUGCAGCCUGCAAAUAUGGACGCGAAGGCCAAUUCCAUGCCGUCGAGCGCGUCUGCUUCGUUCGAAUCGCAGUCUUUUGCCAGCGCUUCGGCGGGCUUCAAGGCUCCUCAAGUGCACAGCGACGAAGAGCGCAACAUGAUUCUAGAUAACAUUCGAGCGCACGACAGCGAGCACGCGAUCCCGGAGGGUUUCCGUGUCCCCAAUCUGUCCUCGCUGAAUCGGUAUCUGGCUACCUACUUUGGCCUCUUCCAUCACCACCUGCCGUUCCUGCAUCCUGCGUCGUUCUCGGUCACGCAAGUGUCUCCGGCGUUGCUCCUGGCGGUGCUGUCAAUCGGUGCUCUGUACGCUUUUGACCAGGACCAAGCCUACAUGCUCCACAUCGGCUCCAAAGUCUUGGUCAACCAGUUCCUGCAGAACAAGGAGAACUUCAGCUCUCGCAAGUGUCCUCUCUGGACGAUGCAGAGCUCCCUCCUCAACAUGAUCUUUGCCAGCUGGAGCGGGGACCCGAAGGGCCUCGAGUGGGCUUGCUCCAUCAAGAGCCUUCUCGCCAAUAUGGUUGCGGGAAAUCGUUACGAACUGAAGCUCCGGCAGGACGGUCGCGAGGAUGCGCAGCCCACGCGCGCCGAGUGGAUCGAAGACGAGGGAUGUCGCAGGACAUAUUAUGCCGUCUACAUCUUCUUCGGCUUGCUCACGUUGACCUACAACCACACGCCUGCCAUCAGCUUCAACGAGUUCGAGGACCUGCAGCUGCCGUCUCAAGAGGCGCUUUGGAACUCGAAGGUGACGGAGGAGGCGGCCUGGCAGGAGCAGUUGAAGGCGUCGCCUGCGAUCACCUUCCUAGCUGCUCACACGAAGCUCUUCCAAGGAGACACAUUGAAGUACAGCGCUUUCGCGACUCGUGUUAUGAUCAACGCUCUGUUCCUCGAGGUGUGGUACCACAAGCGUAGCCCCGAAGCCCUGCAGGACGUGGUAACCGAAUACAAGCUUCGUCUGGCUCUGGAGACGUGGGAGAAGUCCCUGGAUCUCUGCGAGCCGGAAGCCGACACGGUUCCCCUGAGCGCCCCUCACAAGGGCCACCCUCUGAUCUUCAACGCCAAAGCGAUGUUCCGCAACGCACGUGUUCGCCUAGAGGUGGAUUUGAAGACGGUGCAAGAAGCACUCCGCUACCACGACCACUACGAGGUUGCCGCCGCUAUGUCAACUGCGCGUGACAAGGUAAAGCGCUCUUGCGAGAUGAUCAAGGUAAUCGACGAGUGCUACAACUGCAUCGAGACUGCGGUCCGCCAAGGUGUCCGCUGGGUCGCUCGCACGUCGCCGACCAACUGGAGCAUCGAACACCCCCUGUGCGGUAUGGAUUUGAUGAUCACGCUCACCUUGUGGCUUUACCGUCUGGAACAUGACGAGGAGGCCGCUUCGGAGGAGGAGAUGGUCAUGUAUCUCAAGGUCCGCACGCUCUUCGAGAAGGAUGCCGAGGGCGCCAUGAACUCGCAGCAGCUUAGCGCGACCGUGGCUCACCUAUGGGGCUCUAUGCUCGACGAAGUAGUCGUUUGGGGCAUCACCAGGCUUAUGGGUGAAGCCUUCCGCCUCCACUCUCAAGCCCUCAUCGGCUACGUAGACGAUGUCGAAGCAUCGUCUAACGUCUCGACGCCGUCCAUGAUCUCACAGGGGGGCGACGAGGAGAGUGUGUACUAG